UCAUUUUUGCUGAUGGUGAUGACUCUAGCUCCGGAGAAUUUCCGUGUUGGCAUGGUCUGCGUCGUGCGGUCAGCUCAUCGCGUUCCAGCCAUCUUUCACUCUCAAUCGCCAAUACCCCGAUUCAUACCUUCUCUCAGUCCGCCCUCGACACCCCUCUCCACGGGUCUGCCUCGCUCUUCCCCAACAAGAGUAAGAAGGAAACUGAUACUUAGAAGACUCCAAGCAGCCAGAACUCAGCUGAGUUUGGCUUUGAUAACCAUCGUGUGGGAAAAUGUACUCCUGUCAUCUACGAAUUAA